AUGCCCAUUGGAUCAAAACUGCACUCGACCAUUUCAGAUGGUUCAGUUCAGAAUGAAGAGAAAUGCACUGACACUCUAUUUAAAAAGAAAUUUGUAUUUGAAGAACCUAUUAAGGUAGAACGACAUAAACCAGAGGAGAAAACUAUUAAAGAACAUGGUAUUCAUGAAAUUAGCACAAGUGCAAAUGGGGUUUCAAGAAUCUGUUAUUUCCCUGAUUUCAUUGAAAAGGAGAAGGCAGAUGAAAUCUUUAAUAUUCUCUAUAAAGAAUUACCAUGGAAACAAAGGUCAGAUGUUUGGCCAGAUGGACGUACCUUUUUACAACCUAGAUUAACUGCUUGGUAUGGAGACUUACCCUACACUUACUCAGGACAAACACAUCAACCAAAUCCUAAGUGGCAUCCAAUCUUACAGGAGAUUCGAGAACAUUUACAGAAAUCUCUUGGUAUUUAUUUCAAUUCUAUGUUAGCCAAUCUUUAUAGAGAUGGCCAUGACAGUGUUGGGUGGCAUACAGAUAAGAAUCCAUCACUUGGAGAACAACCAACCAUUGCAUCACUUUCAUUUGGUGACAGCAGAAUGUUUGAACUUCGCAAGAAUCCUCCUCUGGAGGAAAAUGGAGAUUAUACAUAUAUGGAACAUAUUAAGGCCCCAGUAACACAUGGGAGCCUGUUGACUAUGGAAGGAGCUCUGCAACAUGACUGGCAGCAUCGAGUUCCUAAAGAAUAUCAUGAUCGUGGACCUCGGAUCAAUUUGACUUUCCGAUUGACAUUCCCAGAAUAA